AUGAUCGACGAUAAACUUGAUAAAGCCCGAAAGGCUCGCUUGCGAUCGCGUGCACUUGGUGUUCUAAGCCUACUUUACACCCUCCGAUAUCUGCUAGUGAUCGCUUGCACGACUGCUGUGGUGCUGUAUCUGCGUGAAAGGCGAUUGCAGCACGGGAACAUAGUCGAUAGUGUGCCUGAUGCUCCAGUCAAAGAGUUGAUAUCAACGGAAAAGAUUGAUUACAAUGACUACCAACAACUCGCGCUGGAUCGUAAACGUGUCGGUCCUGGGGAACAGGGGAAAGCGGCCACCCUUAGCCCGGCAGAAAGUGAAAGCGAACAACGGAAAAAGCUCUACCAUCAGAAUGGCUUCAACGCACUGCUGAGUGAUAAGAUCAGUGUCAAUCGUUCCAUAGCGGACCUCCGUCACCCCAGCUGUAAACUUCAACAGUACCUCAAGCAACUACCUACAGCAAGUGUUGUAGUGCCAUUUUACGAGGAGCACUGGACGACCCUGCUCCGUACCGUGUACAGUGUGUUAAACCGAUCUCCUCCGCAUCUGCUGAAGGAAGUGAUCAUCGUGGAUGAUGGUAGUACGAAGGAGUUUCUGCAUGGACAACUGCAAGACUACAUCGACCAAAACCUGCCAAAAGUUAAGCUAAUACGCCAGGGAGAACGGACCGGUUUGAUGAAAGCGCGGCUCGCCGGAGCGCAGCUUGCGUCCGGUGACGUAUUAGUGUUCCUCGAUUCUCACACCGAAGCCGGCUACAACUGGUUGCCUCCGUUGUUGGAACCGAUCGCGGAAAAUCCGAAAACCUGCGUUUGUCCACUAAUCGACAUCAUCGACGAUCAAACGUUUAAUGUACACGCUCAAGACGAGGGUGGUAGGGGUCUGUUUGAUUGGAGGUUCCAUUACAAACGUAUAGCGCUGAAGGACACGGAUCGUGUGUCUCCUACCGCACCAUUCCCGAGCCCCGUCAUGGCGGGAGGAUUGUUCGCUAUCGGUGCCAACUUCUUUUGGGAGUUGGGUGGCUACGAUGAGGAAUUGGAUAUCUGGGGCGCGGAGCAGUACGAGCUGAGCUUCAAGAUCUGGCAGUGCGGAGGGCGCAUGCUGGAUGCUCCUUGCUCACGGUUUGGCCACAUCUACCGCAGCUACAGUCCUUUUCCAAACACGCGAAAAUAUGAUUUCAUCACUAGAAAUCACAAGCGUGUGGCAGAGAUAUGGAUGGAUGAGUACAAGCAGUACAUCUACGAUCGAGAUCCGAUGAGGUACGCUCGAUCCGAUGCAGGUGAUAUGAGCAAAAUGAGAGCGAUACGAGAAAAGCUGCAAUGCAAACCAUUCGCAUGGUUCCUGAAGGAAGUGGCCCCUGAAAUACUCCAGCUAUAUCCACCGGUUGAGCCGGAACCGUUCGCUUCCGGUGCUAUACAGAGCAUCGCCGAUCCAGCACUCUGCCUCGAUACCAUGCAGCGUGGCCGUGGAAAACCCAUCGGAAUGUAUCCUUGUGACGCUGACCUCAUUCAGCCGAAAAACAUGAACCAAUACUUUGUUCUCAGCUGGCAUCGUGAUAUACAGCUCAAGUCCGACGAACAGUGCUUCGACGUGCCGGAGAGUGCUGCUCGCUCGCCUAUAACCCUCUACACAUGCCACAAUAUCAAGUAUCUGCGGCAAUUACCAUCGACGAGCGUUAUCGUACCAUUCUAUGACGAACAUUGGAGCACAUUGUUGCGCACCGUAUACAGCGUUGUGAGGCGUUCUCCCAGCACCGUCCUCCUGGAAAUCAUACUCGUCGACGACGGGAGCUUGAAAAUGUUCCUCAAACAACAGCUAGAUAAUUACGUUGCAACGCAUUUGAAGCAGCUCGUCAAAAUUGUUCAUCUACCAACUCGUAGCGGACUUAUAACGGCUCGCUUAGCUGGGGCCAAGAUUGCCAAGGGUGAUGUGCUAGUGUUUCUAGAUUCCCAUGUUGAAGCUGGUAUCAAUUGGUUGCCACCGCUGUUGGAACCGAUUGCAAACAAUCCACGAACCUGUGUUUGUCCUUUUAUCGAUGUGAUAAUGGACGAAACGUUUGAGCUUAUUCCCCAGGACCAGGGAGCUCGGGGAGCAUUCGAUUGGAAUAUGUUGUACAAGCGGCUUCCUUUACGGCCCGAAGAUCAAACGGAUCCUACACAGCCAUUCGAAAGUCCGGUCAUGGCGGGGGGAUUGUUUGCGAUCAGUAGCAGCUUCUUCUGGGAACUGGGUGGUUACGAUGAGAUGCUGGAGAUUUGGGGCGCGGAGCAGUACGAGUUGAGCUUCAAGAUCUGGCAGUGCGGAGGACGGAUGAUCGAUGUUCCAUGUUCACGAGUUGGCCACAUUUACCGUAGCUAUUCCCCGUUUCCCAACGUGAAAACCUACGACUUUGUGGCCAAAAACCAUAAACGUGUCGCUGAGGUGUGGAUGGAUGAGUACAAGCAGUACGUCUACAAGAAAGAUCCGUUGCGCUUCUCCAUCGAUGCUGGUGAUCUUACAAAAAUGAAGGAACUUCGACGGAGACUCAACUGUAAACCAUUCCGUUGGUUCAUGGAACAUGUGGCACCGGAUCUGGUCGACUGGUAUCCACCGAUAGAACCGGAACCAUUCGCUUUCGGCGUUAUUCAAAGUCAAGCUAAUACAGGCCUCUGCGUUGAAGCUAUCGAUGUCGAUGGGAAGAAGGGCACGGCGCUGAUGGCGUGUGCAAAGGAUAAGGUAAACCCGGAACGGUUCGAGCAGCAUUUCCAAUUUACAUGGAGACGGGAAGUGAAAUCCAUGGUGUGGUCGCAGUGUUUAGACGUGUCGGACCAUACUGUCAGAGUAGAGAUACCGCUAUUCCCUUGUCACACUCUUCAGGGCAACCAAUUGUUUCAGUACGACGUGGAUACCAAGCAGAUUUACAUCGGAAGAGAUAAAAAGUAUUGCGUAGAAGCGGACCUAGCCAAUCGAAGAGUAAUGGUCAACAUCUGCAGUCACGAAACACUUGCACAGCAAUGGCGUAUCGGCCAGAUGAAUGUAGAGCAUCUGCGCAACUGGAACAAACAUGGAGCGAAAUUUGUCAAUUAA